AUGAGCUGGAGGGUAGCAGUAAGUAGCCAAACAGAGCCUAAGAAACGCCAAUCAAAGACACCCAGAAAGCCCAAAGAUAGUGUUCUUGAGCAGAAAUCACCAGCUGAGUUCUUUGCGGAGAAUAAAAACAUUGCUGGUUUUGAUAAUCCAGGAAAAUGUCUUUACACUACUGUAAGGGAACUCGUCGAGAACUCACUUGAUUCCACGGAGUCCAUAUCUGAGCUUCCUGUGAUAGAAAUAACGAUUGAAGAUAUUGAGAAAAGCAAGUUCAAUUCUAUGAUUGGUCUUAUUGAUCGAGACCGUGUUGACGAGGCACUAUACGAUGAUUAUGAAACAGCUAAGGCUCGUGAGAAACGAUUAGCAAAGGAAGCUCGUGCUCAAGAAAUACAAGCGAAAAAUGCUUCUGUCGGAAAGAAAGUCAAAGAGCCUCCAGCUUCAAAGACCAUGAAGAGUCGAGGUGAGGCUUCAUUUUACAAGGUUACAUGCAAGGAUAAUGGAAAAGGAAUGCCACAUGAUGACAUUCCAAAUAUGUUUGGACGAGUGUUAUCUGGGACAAAAUAUGGCUUGAAGCAGACACGUGGGAAGUUUGGUCUAGGUGCAAAGAUGGCAUUAAUUUGGUCAAAGAUGAGUACAGGGCUUCCUAUAGAGAUCUCGUCGUCUAUGAAGAGUCAAAAUUAUAUUUCAUUUUGCAGGCUGGAUAUAGAUAUUCAUCGGAACAUUCCUCAUGUCCACUUACAUGAAAAGCGAGAUAACAAGGACCGGUGGCAUGGAGCUGAGAUCCAAGUUGUUAUUGAAGGAAAUUGGACAACUUACCGUUCGAAGAUAUUGCAUUACAUGCGACAAAUGGCUGUUAUCACUCCUUAUGCUGAGUUUCUUUUUAAAUUUGUAUCAGAUGCAUCUGAGUAA